AGAAAGAAACUAGACUGACGUAACGUUACCUAACGUGAGUAGUGGAAGCUUGUAGAAGGAGAUCGCAGUGGAUAAUUAGCUACAUUCCAAGAAACGACAAAAGACUUUUUUUUCCAGUGGUGGCCUCUCACAAUUUUGGGAUCAUAACUGAUAUACGGUUGCACAACUAAGCCCGCAGUAAUGGAUCUCAGCGAACAGAUCAGCCAGCUAGAGAGUGACUUGCAGGAAAUUAAAUGUUUGUUGGAAAAAUCUGAAAGAAAGCGCGUUAAGGAUGUGCUGACCCAGGAACAGAAGAAGAUCGAGAGAGAGAUCGCCCUGAAACAACAGCAGAAGGAAUCACAUGCGAAUAAAGAGGCGGGAGAUUCCAAUAAAAGUGCAACAUCAUCCGCUUCCAAGGGAUACACCGUCAAAAUAAAUAACUACGGAUGGGACCAAUCAGACAAAUUUGUCAAAAUCUACAUUACUCUGAAAGGAGUUCAUAAAAUUCCACCCGAGAACGUGGAGGCUAGUUUUACAGAAAGGUCUUUUGUUGUGUUGGUGAAGGAUCUAGAUGGGAAGAAUCACCAAAUGACCAUCAAAAACCUUCUGUCUCCUAUUGAUGUUCAGGAGAGCAGUCGAAAGGUCAAGACAGAUAUGGUCCUGAUCAUGUGUAAAAAAAAGACACCAAAGAAGUGGGAGUGCUUGACCCAGGUUGAGAAGCAAACAAAAGAGAAAGAGAAGCCCAGCUACGAUGAGAAUGCGGACCCCAGCGAGGGGCUCAUGAGCAUGCUGAAGAAGAUCUAUUCCGAGGGAGACGAUGAGAUGAAACGCACCAUCAACAAGGCCUGGACUGAGUCCCAGGAGAAGAAAGCCAGAGGAGAGGACAUGAUGGAUUUCUGAGCCCAUUCCCAGAGCAAACCUCAAUAGACCCGUAGACCAAACAAUAAAAGCCUUCCUUUUUCUUGACAGCAUUUUUUUUAUGUUUUCUACCAUUUUUAUUUUAUGUUCUUUAUUAGGACACAUUUUCUUAUAUCCCCAUUGCACUUCCCUAUUGUGAGUGUGGACAGAUGUAAUGAAAACAUGCUGGAGAUGUUCACACCCUAUGAACUGUUGAGGAAAUUAAAUCAAUGCAUAGAGUUUACAUAGAAACGAAAACGGGUAAUGUUGGGUGAUACUGUCAGGAAGUUGCAGUUGCUGAAGAAAAUUCAGAGCAGUGGCCU